AUGUCCGCGCCCAAGGAGAAGGAUUUCAAAGUACCGGCUACAGGGAUCACAAGACCUGCUAAUGUUGUUCCGGCUCUGAGACUUCCCGGCACCAACACCAGGCCUAGCAUGUCGAAAAACGGACCCAGAGCCAGAGAAGGAUCAAGUUUUGGAAAGAGGAAGAACGGCAGACAGAAGGCUCUCAACAGACCGGACAUCCCCGAUCUCGAUUUUGAUAUGAGACUAGAGGAGCAACUAGUCUCAAAUAAAUAUAACGGAAGGAACCGGCGGGCUGUUGAUAUAAGUCAUUUGCUUGAAUUUUCAUCUCCAGCGCAUGCUGAAGAGGGGUUUAAUAGAGGUCUCUCUAGGAGGAAACCCAGGUCCAACAAUAGAGGUGCCACCAGUCUUCAUCUAACUGGCAUGAAAUACAUCAAUGUCAACUACAAGUUCGUGGUAGACUAUCGAGGAGACUACAGACAACAGCUUCUGGACCCAAACGUGCCCCUAGACAAAACAUACAUAUUGAGGGUGAUCGCCCCCAAAAAUGAUACCCAGUGUCCCAUCUGUCUGGAGGACGACCUUGUUGCCCCGAGAAUGGCCAAAUGCGGCCACAUAUUUUGUCUGACAUGUUUCAUCAGGUUAAUGGAGGCAGAAGAAACGAGAAAGGGCCACCAGAAUAAUGAUCCGAGGAGACAAAAGAAAAAGGAGUGCCCAUUGUGUGGAAUAGACAUCACCACGGUGGACGCUCUUCCUGUGUUGAUCAACGGAAUCGACGAGAGACUUGAAAAACCUGUUGUUGGAGAAGAUGUGCUAUUGCAGCUGGUUUAUCGUCCCGCCAGUAGGAUUCUACCUCUACCAGCGCAGUACAAGGAUGAGUAUAUGGGGAACAUUCCUUGGGUCAACGAGGACUCCACUCCUGAGACUUUCACAAAUGACAAUCCCUGUUCUCAAUAUGCGCGAAUAAUGAAAGCUGGUCUCCCUUUUGUGAAAAACAGCUUUUUGAAGGAGAUCACGGAUAUCCAGACUCAAUACGAGAAUGAUAAGGCAUUAUACAACAUAGAUGACAGUGCUGCAAAGUCCGCCAUUGACCAUAUCAACAUGACUCUGGACGUCAUGAACGAGUCCUUCCAUCGAACUGAACAGGAACGUGUACCUACCCCAUUGCAUAUGACAGAUCUCAACUUGAACCUUCAACAAUCUAAGGCGUCUGACCCAUCCACGAAGCUUUCAGAACUAGUGGACGGUGUUUCCAACAUCAGUCUUUCCGCAACAGCUAUUCCCGAUUUUGACGGUGGUUUUUACUUCUACCAGAGUGACUCGAACUCCAAGGUCAAGUUUUUUCUUUCGAGCCUUGACUUGAGAAUUAUUGUGUCACUUUUGGGCGAGGAUAGAGCACUGUGGCCGGCCGUCAUCAAGGCAAGACUCGAGAACAUCAACUACGAUUUUGGAGUGGUUGACUCUGAGCUGGUGCACAGAUUCAAAUAUUUGGGCCAUCUGCCUUUUGGAACCGAAGUAGCCUUCCUUGAACUUGACUGGUUCGAAGAACCCGAUAGUGCCCCAAAGUUGAAUGCAACAACCGAAAGAGCGAGACGCUCCUCCAAGAACAGAAGAAGCAUUCUUCCCCCAGAUGUGUUCAAAGAGUUCAGCAAAGCCCUUUUGGAGAGGUCAAAUAGAACACAUGCUCGCAGACAGAGAGAGGAUAAGGAUAAGAGAAAGUUUGAGAAGAGACUGGAGCUGGAAACCUUGGAAUUCUACUCGAAUGAAAACAACAUCCCAUUGACUGAUUAUGGAUACGAGCGUCCUCAUAAGCAAGUGAACGAGUUUGAUAGGACUUUAUCGGCAAUUGAGGAUGACGGUUCUGAUCACGAGCAUUCCUCUACUAAUGCGAGAGCACACACGUCUCAACGGGAGACCACUAAGACGAUUUGGGGAACGGAUAUAAUCAAACCUGUGGAUGACCCCAUUGAAGACGAUGAUGAAGAUGACUGGAACACCGAGCUUCUGAUCCAACAGGCGAAGGCCUCGACCACCGGCAAAAAGAGCAGGAAGAAGUUGACAGUGUUAUUCUCAUCAUCUAUGAGGUGA